CAAAAUUCUUUUCCCUCAACAAUCAAUUUCCCGUUUUGUAACCAUCACAAUUUUUAAUUCUCUCUCUAAAUUUAAUACUAUUUCUUCACAUUUACCGCGUUUUCUUUUUCUCUCGCUUCACAAAAUUUUCCCAUCCAAACCAAAACGAAUCUAACCACCGGAGAAUUCUCAUUUCUCAAUUUUGCACUGCGCCAUCGUUUUCAGUAAGCAGUAACUCAAUUGAAGAAAAAGAAGAAAACCUCCUUUUACUUGCAUACGCUUUUUUGUUUUUAUUAUCUCUAUCUCUCUCUUGUCCUCGUUAAUCUCACCGUCACGCGCUGCCGCGUAUUUCGUCACCGUUUAAUCACCGAAAGCAAGCUACCUGAUUGGAGCCUUUGGUUUGAAACUUGAAACUUGAAACGGACGGUUACAUUGCAAGUUGUGCCGCUUUUCUCAGCUGAUCAGUUAGUUUCUUCAUCUAUGUGUGGUGUUGGAAGGAGGAUUAGGAGGAGCAUAGGCUUUGUCGCUGCCAUAGCUGGAUGUGCAUCGGGUGCAGGAUAAAUGCGCUACACCGGGAAUCUAGGGUUUUCGAGCCUGGUCCUUUUGGUGCUGUUGCUGCUGCUGAUUUGUCUUGUUUUUCCGGCGAUCGGAUUCUUUUAUGUCCGCCGUAAAUGGCGGAUUUCAGUGGCUAGGAAGGAAGAGAUCAGGAGGCUUCUGAUUUUGGCUGCUGAGGAAACUGCCAGGGCCGAGAGAGAGGCCACGUAUGGUUACGGUGCCGCGGCGGAAACCGCCGUCAAAAGCAAUCAGUGUGCCGUGUGCUAUGUUCCCGCCACCGCACGCUGCGCUCAGUGCAAAUCGGUUCGCUACUGUUCGUUUGAGUGUCAAACUCUUCAUUGGCGCCAAGGGCACAAAUUGGAAUGCCGUCUGCAAAGAAUACUUCGGCAGAGUGAUGUAGUUAGUGAUCUUGGCAACAAGGUAACCGAGCAAGAAUUCUCUAGAAUCGCUGACCAGAAGUCUGAAAUUGCAGGUGCAGAGCAUGAAGCGUCCGGUGAAAACCAACAAACUUCAGUCGCUGGUGUUUCUUCUAAAGUUUUAUAUGGAAAAAAUGAAAAUGUAAGAGAUGAGUGCCUUGCAGGGGGAACUAUAACAGAUUCUAAUUCUGAGUUGUCAAGUAACUCUUUUUCUGGCUUCUCAGCUUCUCCAAGUGCUAGUGAAUCAUCUGAUGACUCCUCUAUUUGUGAGAGUGUUAUAUCAAACGAGCAUGACCAAUCUGAUGGACCAGUUUUUGUUGAUUCGACACUUGACAUUCCAGAUAGCACUUCAAGUGACGGUAGCAUGGUUGUAGCUAUGUCUUCAUCACCCAAAUUUGCCAGUUUGGUUGAAUCAGUUGAUGGUUUUUCGACAAUGCGUAAAUUAAAUGGAAGUAGAUCUGGUCCUUGUAAAGAAGAAGGAAAACUUGCAAAAAAUGGUACUUCAGGUUCAGGUAUGCUGAAGGGGGCAACAAUCAAGCCUUCCAUAGUGUCUUCUGGGUUCUGGGAUAGAACUCUUGGCACAACUGGGAUUGAAGAAGAUGCCAACAGUGACACUUCUCCAUCCCAUUCGGAUGAAUCCACUCACAAUACAGGAUCUGAUUCUCAGUCAUUUCGCUUUUCGUUUAGUUCCAUCGCUCUUAUGCAAGCACAAGAUAGUGAGGCAAAGGAUUUUGUAUCUGAUAAUCCUUCUCCCAAUACUGUUGGGGACAAUGUGCCUUGCUCAGGAUCAGCAUCAACGGAGAAUGACAGAGAUACAGUGAAUUCUUCAAAGGCUACAAAUCUUAAAUUCAUGAACAGCAAAGAUUCCAUACUUCCAAACCCUGCUGCUGCCCCUGUUUAUGAAUCUGAUCAAUUGGGAUCUAAAGGCAGCUCUGUGCAACCCUUAUCUUGUCUCUACCCACCAUCCCCCAGUCUUAGCAAAGGUUCAGGUUGUGAAGAUUCUUUGAACGUCCAUAACUUGCAAUCGUAUAUUUCUAUGGCAUCAAAUCGUGUUGUAGGAAACCAUGGCAUCAAUUCUAAGUCUGCUGAAAUUAGAUGCCUGACACGUGACCUUGAUUCUAAUUUAGUCCGUAGAACUGAUGCUCACUCAAAUUCCAGUACAAAACAUGUGAAUAAUGGUAAUCAAUCUGCCACUAGUACGUCGUCUGGGGGUGUUAGCUGUUCUGCAAAUUCUAAGAGUGGCUUGAAAUCAUCUGUUUUAAAAGUUGUUGAUCAGUUCCGAGGAUCAAAUUUCUCAAAGCAGUUUCCACUAGUUUGGAAUGAUACCGCAGGAAAACAAAGUGAUAAGGGUCUUUUUCCUUACGAAUUGUUUGUCAAGAUUUAUAACUCGAACAAGGGGGAGUUUAGCCCAUUUGGUCUUAUAAAUUGUGGGAACAGCUGUUACGCCAAUGCUGUACUCCAGUGCUUAGUAUUUACACCACCCCUGACUGCAUAUUUUCUUCAAGGACUACAUUCUAAAGCAUGUGCAAAUAAAAAAUGUUUCAACUGUGAGUUUGAAAGUUUGAUUUUGAAGUCAAAGGAUACAAAAUAUCCACUCUCUCCUAAGGGCAUACUCUCCCAACUAAGGAGAACUGGAAGUCAACUUGGUAAUGGCAAAGAAGAAGAUGCACAUGAAUUUCUAAGGCAUGCCAUUGACACAAUGCAAUCUGUUUGCCUUAUGGAUACUGGGGUUGAUGUAUGUGGUUCAUUGGAAGAGGACACUACUUUAAUUGGUCUAACAUUCGGGGGUUACCUUAGAUCAAAGAUAAAAUGCAUGAAAUGUGGAGGGAAAUCUGAGCAUCAGGAAAGGAUGAUGGAUCUUACUGUUGAGAUAGAAGGGGACAUAGCAACCCUACAGGAAGCUCUUCGACGAUUUACAAGUACCGAGUCUUUGGAUGGAGAAAAUAAGUACCACUGUGUCAGAUGUAAAUCUUAUGAGAAGGCCAAGAAGAAGCUGACAAUUUCUGAGGCACCUAAUGUUCUUACAAUUGCAUUAAAGAGAUUCCAGUCAGGAAAGUUUGGGAAGCUUAACAAGCCUAUCCAGUUUCCUAAAACUCUUGACUUGGCUCCUUUCAUGAGUGGGACUAGUGAUAAAUCACCUAUAUACAGACUGUAUGGUGUAGUUGUUCACUUGGAUAUCAUGAAUGCUGCCUUUUCUGGUCACUAUGUGAGCUAUGUGAAGAAUAGUCAAAACAAGUGGUUCAAGGUUGAUGACAGUGUGGUGACACCUGUUGAGGUGGAGAGAGUCUUAACAAAAGGAUCAUAUAUGCUUUUUUAUGCAAGGUGUUCACCCAAGGCCCCAAGAUCAAUCAGAGGCAAGACACUGUCCCCAGAAUCAAAAGGCAAAGUAACCGGAAAGACCGCAACGAAAACUCGGAAUGGUUCUUGCAGCACCGAUAGCACUCAUGAUUCGACCACCACAGAUGAGUUCUCCAAUUAUAUUUUCGGUGAUUCAAGGGUUGGCUGGGGUAGCCCAUGGAGGAACUCCGAAUCCGACACCUCAUCCUCCACCUCUUCCUCAUCUUCUCCCCUGAACUUCAGGCAUUCACCCCUAGCCGAUAUGGACCGAUAUGAUUCAGUUUCUCCUGGUUUAAGUGCAGAUAUAGAUGGCAAUUUGUACAGGAACAAAAUGGGGCAUGCAGAAAGAAAAGGAGGUGUUGUGCCUCUCUCACAUUCAGACACUCUACACCAUAGGAAGUUAGAAAGUACUAGGAUUAGCAGCAACAGUAAUUUUAGGGAUACUAACUCUCAUCAGAGACUAGGAUCUAACCAUUUUAAUGGCAUAAGCUCUGGUGCACCUUGUAGAAAGCCAAGGGACAGAACGGAUUGAAAUAUUUAUUUAGUUUUAAUCUAUAGGUAGGCCGGUGCAGUAUAUAAUGAGGUAUAGUCUACCAUUUAUGUAAUGUACUCAAAAGAUGGCGUUCUUAUAGAAAGGAAUUAGCCAUCAACAUUUUGCUUCUCACUUAAAUAGAUGUAGUAGGUAUAUAGAUUAAUUACUGUAA